UUGUGCCGGACCCCUUGGCAGGUGGGCGUCCUAUGGCAGCGGCCUGUUGUACACUACAUUGCACAUGCAUAUGCCUUUCCCCACCCCCUUUGCCCGUGACGACUUGUUGGGGGGUCGAGCAGCAGUAGCAUGUCGAUGGAAAAAAAGAGCACAUACUGUACAUACUGUACCUACUAUGUGCACCGACGCCAAGAUAAAAAGGGCUCGGGAGGCUUUCCAUCGCCAAGAACACAGUUCAACUUCCCGUCGCACCCAUCCAUAGUCUCGUAGAGUCGUAGUCCCAAGUGUGCCUUGACCUUCUCACCUGAAGUAACCCCCAAGUGUUUCGAGGCGCAAAACGCACACGCGGAAAAAGCCACUUCACACCUCCUCCACACCCCGGCCAUCACCAUCACACAACCAACCCUCAUGUCCUCCUCAUCCCAAACAAACCUCGUCGACCCCCGCAGCCCCCUGCACCCCUCCUCCACCUCCAAACGCGCCAUCGCCCCAACCCUCCCCCCCUUCUCCAACGACCCAAUGCAAAUCACCACCCAGCAACCCCGCGCCCACGAAGCCACCCCUCCCCCCAUGUUCCCCAUGCAGCAGUCCUACGCAAAAGAGAUCCCGCUGCCGAAGGAGGCGUAUGGGUGGUAUGAGAGCAUGAUGAGUUGCAUUGGCGGCGUUUUGGGCGGGGUGGGCAGUAUACCUCUCUGUGUGUGUUUCCCGAACCCGUAUAAGACGGUGGAGCAAGGCAACGUGGGCUUGAUUACGAGGUUUGGGCGGUAUUAUAAGAGCGUCGACCCCGGCCUGCACGAAAUCAACCCCAUAACCGAAACAAUCCAACGCCUCAACGUCAAGAUCCAGAUCGAGUCGAUCCCGACCCAAUCCGUCAUGUCCAAAGACAACGUCCUCGUCAUGAUCGACAGCGUGCUCUACUGGCACAUCAUCGACCCCUACACCGCCGCGUUCCUCGUCAACGACGUCCGCAAAGCUCUCGUUGAGCGAACUCAAACCACGCUGAGACAGAUCGUGGGCGCGAGGGAUAUCCAGACGGUGAUUGAACAACGCGAGACGGUUGCGCAGGAGAUUCAGCUCAUUGUGGAGGGGCCCGCGAGCACGUGGGGGGUCAAAGUCGAGAGCAUCUUGAUCAAAGACAUGAACUUUUCGCAAGAGUUGCAGCAGACGCUGAGUUCCGCCGCGAAACAGCAACGGUUGGGCGAGAGUAAGAUCAUCGCGGCGAGAGCGGAGGUCGAGAGCGCGAAACUUAUGCGAGAGGCUUCGGAUAUCCUCAACACGCCGGCCGCGAUGCAAAUCCGCUACCUGGAAACGCUGAACAGCAUGGCCGGCCGCGCGGACACGAAGGUCAUCUUCAUGCCCCCCAACGCACACGACCUUACCCCGGAGCAAACCCAGCAGCGUAUCAUGACCCUGGAUCCGACGUUGUAUGCCACUCGGCCGCACUAACCCGCGGUAGCGGUCCGCCGAAAUCGUCCCUCGCAUCUCUUUGAUCGUGUCGUUGUACGCGGUGGUGUUUUUGUGUUUUGGAUGGGGUUGGGAACACACACCUGUUAGCCAAGGCGGCCGUUCCGUAAUCCCAGUGUGACUCCAUUCCUGUUUUUGGAAGCGAAAGGCGAGGGGACGGGGUGUACAGUACAGCUUCCAUUAGUUUUCGUUCCCGCCCCCCUCAGCUUUGUUUUGGUAUCAUCGCUUUUUGUUUACAUUUCUUUUCCGGUGUGCGGGUAAUGUUUGAAUCGAUGGUCUGCCGGUGGUCUUCUCUACUCGU